ACACACAGAGAGAAAGGUCAACCGCCAACAUUCCGGUUAGUUCUUUCGUUAGCACACCACAGGACCCAAAUGGUCACUUUGGCUACCACUCCUAUAUAUACUCGAGUUUUGCACUGAACGGUUUUCUAUCAUUUUAUGUAACCAUAGAAGCUUAGUAAAAGCAUCCAAGAAAUUAAGAAACAAAGCACAAGAAUCUUGCGCACAACAACCACACAGAGACCAGGCAGCAGUCGCUAUAGUUAAGCCAUGGCAGACGAGUACACAAGCACAAACUGGUGGGAUUCAUCUUCAUCAAGCAGGAACAGGUUUGAUAGUACUGGAUCAUCAUCUACAACUUCGGGACAUACUAGUUUAGGAAGCUUUGCUUGGCCAACAGAAAUGGUUGAUGUCAAAGGAAGGUCUUCUAUGGAAACUGUUUCAGUCUCGGAUAGUUCUGUUGUUUUCCAUGAUUCCCAGAAGCUGCAACAAGGCCAUGAUUCUUCUGCUGACUUGCAUAUGAUGGGUUUAGGCCUCUCUUCACCAGCCAUUGAUUGGAACCAGGCCUUACUUCGCGGAGAUAAGUCUGAGAACAGUUUUCGAUCGAUGCUACAAGAUAAUUUGAGUUCAAGCACCAAUUAUCAGCAAGAAACUGGGAUUGGAUCUUCUCAAGCUCAGUGGAGAUCAUCAGAGAGAGUGUUCGCUGGGGUCAGUGGAGACUCCUCUAUGAAUGAGUUUAAGCAAAUGAAUCGGGGCUUUUCUUUAGAUCAACCACAGUUUAGUCCUCACGGGAGCUCCAGUGAUAGUACUGUGACAGGUCAAGGCUUGCAGUCUAGUUUCCCAAUGGAUUCAUCAGGUAUAUAUGGAAGCCCUUCAACUAUGUUGCAAGGACUAUUGGGAUCAGAUAAUCAAGUACAGCAGUCUUCGUUCGACAACCGAUCGAUGGGUUAUGCAUAUGGGGCAAAUUAUGGUGUUAGCACUAAUGAAUUGUUGCCUUCUUGGUCUAAAAUACCUCAAUUCUUGAGAAAUUCACCACCCAAACAGCCUCCUCAUAACCAGUUGCACCUCUCCAAUAAUGCUCCCUUUUGGAAUGCAUCUUCAAGUGCCAUGAGUGAUGUCCGUCCGAGCUUUUUCCCGUCGAUGCAACCGCAGUUUACCACAUCCAAUUUCGAUGAAAAACCUAAGAAUAUAUCUGAAGUACGGGAUUCGAAUACAGCAGUAAAGAAAAGUGGGGGUGAAGCAGGAGCAAAAAGGCCAAGAAAUGAAACACCAUCACCUUCGCCAGCUUUUAAGGCGAGGAAAGAGAAGAUGGGGGACAGAAUCACUGCACUCCAACAAUUGGUUUCACCUUUCGGAAAGACUGAUACAGCCUCGGUUCUCUCUGAAGCUAUUGAAUACAUCAAAUUCCUCCAUGAGCAAGUCACUGUCUUGUGCACCCCAUACAUGAAAAAUGGAGCUCCCAUACACCACCAGCAGAGUUCUGAGAAGUCCAGGGACUCUGAAGGACAAAAACAAGAUCUUAGAAGCCUAGGGCUAUGUUUAGUACCGGUAUCGAGCACUUUUCCGGUUACUCAUGAGACCACAGUUGAUUUUUGGACCCCCACAUUUGGAGGGACUUUCAGAUAAAAGGAAAGGACGAUGGUAAAAAAUUCGGGCAUGGGAACAGAUUCUAUGCAACUAGUGUAUAUGAUCUUAUCAAACCCUAGCCAAGUUGGGAAUGAUAAGAUUAACGAUAGAAAAAAUAAGGAACAGAAAACAAAGAAGCCCCAUAUUAACUGUAGUUCUGGAUGGAAAAGAACACUAUGUAGAGAAACUGUGAAAGAGAAAGAAAAGGAAAUGACUCUCCAAGGGUACACGCGGCCAGCUACAAGCAAAAUGAUAUUUUUGUUUCGACGGCUAGAAGUAUGUUAGCGCCAGUUUCUGUGUUGAUCGAGAUUAAAUCCUCUCUUCAGAUAAUCUUAAAGGCAGGCAGGCUCACUUACCAUAUCAGCUAGUACAUUCAAAGAGAUUUAAUGCAUUUCUCGGAAAGUCAAAAGGAUGCAUAUGGCCAAUGUUUGGAAGUAUCUUAUUUGCUGUAAUAAACGUGGGUCAGGAACGAAAAUAGGUGCUGAUUUUAGGGAAAGUACUGUCAAGAAGAUUUAGUUUAGAUAACAUUAAUCUGUUAUUAAGUAGCUGAGUUUAGUAGAAGAUAUAUAAAGAAACUCUUGUCUUUCA